UUUGCAUGGUUCGGUCAUUGUUAAAAAAUUUUAAAAUGCGAUAUAUUAUGUUUUAAUUGUUAUAGUAUAUAAUCCAUAUUUCAAGUAAAUUUACUCUUAUAUGCAUCAAAUAAAGAUUAGCGAGUAGGAAAUAUGAAUAUUAAAUCUACUUCGGCGGAAGGAGAGAGAAAAAAAUCGGAACGUCAAUUAUCGUGACGUCUUAGUCGUCCUAGGAGGUAUCGCGUAUUUUUCAUAAUUUCGCGGAAAAGGGUAUUCGGAUUACGCAAAUGUUUCGCAAAUUCAAAACCAAUAAGAAAUCGUCCUUCUCAUUAUCCAUCAAUCACAAUUCAUCUCUCAACAAUUCUCACAAUUCAUCUUCUUCCCUCUCCCGCCAUUCCACCACCAAACCCGACAUCAGUUCACCCAUACCCGUCGUUUCCAUUCAUUCCUCCAGCCCAUCGCCCAAAAAUUUUUCCCGCGCCAAUUCGCACGGUUACCACUACGGUCAUAAAAUCGGGAUCGGCAACAAGCCAUUAUCGAUUACUACCCAACAGUCCUCGACUCGAGACUUUUUGAAGACCGAUUUUGGGGAAGAUGGGAGUGGCACCUAUCCAUCUUACUCUAUCGGAAGUUCAAAUACUUUGGCGGGAACGCAGACCGGCGGGGGUAUCAUAGGUAAGCCUUACAACGUUAAGCAGGUCAUCCACGUGACGGUAGAUAAGGGAACCGGAAAGAUAAUUGGUCUGCCGGAAGCUUGGAAGAAUUUGCUGGAAACUUCAAGAAUCACUGAAACAGAGCAGAACGCCAAUCCAGAGGCCGUGGUUAACGCGUUGACUUAUUACUACCUGACUUCCUCCUCUCCUCAAGAAGUCUUGCCACCCGCUUCCCCCUUGGAGUCGAAUCCCGCCAUCAAUUCGCGAUUUCUUUUCGACGAAAAUCGAUUCGACGGCCCUCGAACAAUCUCCGCGGACUCGAAUAGGUUGUAUGGGAAAAACCGCCGUUUUACGGGGCAGGAUGAUAUUUUAUCGAAUGUUUACACAGAUCUUCCAACGUCGUUCACUUCCUUCAUCCCCGCCUUUUCUUCCCCGCUUCGUUCAGAGCACCAACAAGAAGCGGAUAAAAGGCAUACGCUCAUUUACCGGAAAAACUCCCGGGAUUUUGCUUCCAUUGCCGCCGAAGAAGACGAUUACCAAGUCAUAAAUUUCGUUAAAAAUGAAAAUUAUUAUCACGUUAAGCCUUCCGCUGCUUACAGGGCUUACCCAGUUGCUCCUUACGAUAACUACGAUGAGAAUGAUAUUGACGCAUAUAUAUCCGAAUCGGUCGGUUUCAAGAAUGGAAGUAUUUUUGAGGAGGUGAGUAACCGCAAUGAUUCCACGGUUAUAUACGACACCGCCCACGGAACCCUCAAUAGCGGCAGGCGAUUCGAUUUUUCGCGUGGUGUUAUGAAUCGAUCCGACGAUUGCUGUAUCGACGAUAAUAACAAAAUGGAUGAUUUGAAUAUCAGGAGGAUUAAUUCGUUUCCCUCCAUUCCUUCCGAAUUUAAUCUCGAACCCAACCAAGAUUUCCAUUUUUUAAACAUUUCUCGCCAAAACCGCCUGAUCUCUAGUAUUGAUGGAGCUAGGGCUUCUCUCCCCAGAAGAACCAAAUGGUGUUUACUCCCCCCUUCCGACAAGACCGCUAAAGAAAAGACAAUCAAAACCCAGAAGAACGAAGCACCUCCCACUAACAAAGUCAUCGAUAUAGUCAAUAACAUAGAAGCGGCCAAUUUACCUCCCAGCUUGCCGCCUAAGAUUAAGAGAAAAACGCAAACAGAGAGGAAUACGUUAAUCCUUAAGCCGAUUCCUAUCAGUUCACCUUUGACAAACGGUCACCGCCCCGCUUACACGCCUUACGAGAAUGUCUACGACUACGCCCCCAACCCUCCAAAAAAGGAUCAUCAUCUCGUUGGCAACGACCAAAAUGGCCUCGAUGAUGCCAGUAUAGAGACGGAAAGUUGGGAAGUCAAAUGCCGAAAACCGGGUGGGGAGGAAGGGCAGAAUGGGAAUGGCAAUCUCGACAUUGGAACUACAGUUACGACAGAAAUCGACGUUCUAAGAGAGCUGAAUUUAUUAGUCAAUAAAGAAGAUCCCGAGUCCAUAUAUUCCUUGUGCGAAAAGAUUGGCUCCGGCGCAUCAGGUACGGUUUACAUUGCCCGACACAAGGACACCAACAAGCAAUACGCCAUCAAAAGUAUCGAUUUGAGUCAACAGCCCAAAAAGGAACUGAUAAUCACCGAAAUUAAAGUCAUGCGGGAAAUAAGUCACCCGAACCUCGUCAAUUUCGUAGCUUCUUACUUAUUGCAUUCUCCCGAAUUUCCUAUCGCACAACAAAACGAUCGAAGUUCAACCUUAGCAAGUGGCAAAAAAUUUCCCCAUCAAAAACCAGAUAACUUCGUCGAAGAAACGAGUGUAAACCAAAUAAAUUCUUCGCCUCAUUCCAGCCUGAAGAACCAUAAUUUAUGGGUCGUUAUGGAGUAUUUAGCCGGCGGACCGCUGACAGACGUUGUAACCGAAACUGUGCUUGACAGAGGUCAAAUAGCUACUGUAUGUAGGGAGGUUCUGAGGGGGCUCGAGUACCUGCACGCCAAGGGGAUCAUCCACAGAGAUAUCAAGAGCGACAACGUGCUAUUAGGUUUAACCGAUGGUCGGGUAAAAUUAACCGAUUUCGGGUUUUGCGCUCAGCUAAACAAUCACGUGACUAAUGGCGUCGACUGCAAGAGAAGAACCAUGGUGGGCACUCCUUAUUGGAUGGCGCCGGAGCUGGUGAAUAGAAAGUUUUACGAUUACAAAGUGGAUAUUUGGAGUUUGGGAAUUAUGAUAGUAGAGAUGAUUCAAGGCGAACCUCCUUACCUAAACGAAACCCCUCUGAAAGCGUUGUACCUUAUAGCCAAUAAUGGAAGGCCGUACAUCAAAGAGUUGGAAGAGAAUAACGAGUCUUUUAAAGAUCUCAAAUUAUUCGUCGACAAAUGCCUCGAAAUUGACGUGGAGUGCAGGGCAACGGCCGCAGAAUUACUCAAAGAUCCUUACCUCCUUCAAGCCAAGCCCCUGAGUUCUCUCACGCCCAACAUUCGAGCUGCUAAGAGGGCCCUCGGGAAAGCUAUCAUUCAUUGAUUCGAUACUUCACUCAUUGUAACUGUGAAUUACUUUCUUUAGAUGGUAUUAGCAAAUAAUACCCAAGAGUUAUGUGCCCCGCGAUCCUUUUAUAAGCACAAGAUUUUUUUUCGUAAAUUCUUCGCCUUUAUGCCAAUAAUCUUUUCCCCAAUCGUGAAAAUGAAAAUAUUAUAUUGCAAUGUGCUUUAAGUUUUUAUCCCAUAUUAAAAAUAUAAAUAAUUGGUCCUCUCAUAAAUUUUUAGCUUCCAAUCAUCUCCUAAUUUACAUUUUUUCGUAUGUAAAUAACAUAUUCAGAUGUAAAUUGCCAAUCAAAAUGGGACAGCUGUAUUUUAUUUUUUUUAGUACAUUUGUCACAAAAAUUAUAUUAAUUUUGGGCGUAGGGUAAAAUAAAAGUUUAUUUGAGCUGUCAUUAAAUUCUUUUCGUAAUUAGUGUAACAAAAUUUCCCACAAAUCAUAACAGACUGCAUUUACAGCUGAUCAAUUCCUUUUUUGUUAUAUGAGUAUUAAUUUUAUCUUUAAUUCUAUUUCACGAUAAUAAAUCUGAGAAUUAAUUAAUCUCACUAUAAGAUUUUAAAAAUCACACUCCCAUGUUAAAUCGCUUUGGCAGAUGCAACUAUUAAUUCAGCCUAAUACUUAUUUAUUUGAUUGGCAUU